AUGGCGCAAACAUACAAUCAGAAAAGGAACGUGUACAGCAUCGACCAGAUCCUGGGACACGCGAAGGACGAAGAUCAUGCGACGUCGUCGGACGCGAUCGUUGACGGCGGAGACACAGAACUUGGCCAUUUGAGCGAUCAUCAGAUAAACGAUGCCCUGCACGAUCCCUUGAACCUAGGGGAAUCGGACCGGCCACGGAAGGUCCGAAGGUCCCGCACCACGUUCACCACCUAUCAGUUGCACGAGCUCGAGAAAGCUUUCGAGAGCACGCAGUAUCCGGACGUGUUCACCAGAGAAGAACUGGCAACGAGGCUGGAUCUUUCCGAGGCUAGAGUACAGGUCUGGUUUCAAAAUCGACGCGCGAAAUGGCGCAAGAAGGAGAAGGCCCUCGGCAGAGACACCAGCUAUAUGCACGUUGAACAAAGCGGUGUGAACGAGUUGUCCCUUCACGCUCGUUUGCUUCAAACCGCCGGCGGAGUGCCAGGUGCGGACCCAUCGGGUGGACCAGCGGGCGCGUUCCCGUGGUUCAUCCCGCCAGUGUUCCCGCCCCCGUGGCCGGUCAGCGCGCCAAAACUGCCGCCGUUGCACGCGAUCCUGUCGCAGUACAUCGGUCUGCCGCUACCCCAGAACCUGGCGUCUCUCAGCACGGUGCUACCGGUCGGCCUGAACCCAGCCUCGUCGCUGAAUCACGGAAACGUGAACGGACACACCCUUGGGAGCCACUUGCACGGGCAUCCCUUGAACCUAGGUGUGCAGAGUCUGCCGCAGAACCUGAGCUCGAAGCACGACAAGGAGGAGGACUCGGCCUCGUCGGACGACGAGAUCAGGAGACAGAGCGCGGAGGUGCUGAGAGUGAAGGCUGAGGAGGUGCUGCGCAAGGUGGACAAUUAA